CGAUGACGUCACGCGGCGCAGUAGCGACCGUGACGAGCGGGCCGGGCCAGGACAGCGGGAGGCGGGCGGCGCGGGCCUGGCCCCGGGAUGGCGAUGUUCCGCAGCCUGGUGGCCUCGGCUCAGCAGCGGCAGCCACCGGCCGGGCCGGCGGGCGGCGACAGCGGCCUGGAGGCGCAGUACACCUGCCCCAUCUGCCUGGAGGUCUAUCACCGGCCCGUGGCCAUCGGCAGCUGCGGCCACACGUUCUGCGGGGAGUGCCUCCAGCCCUGCCUGCAGGUGCCGUCCCCACUGUGCCCACUCUGCCGCCUGCCCUUCGACCCCAAGAAGGUGGACAAGGCCACCCACGUGGAGAAGCAGCUCUCGUCCUACAAAGCGCCCUGUCGAGGCUGCAACAAAAAGCCUUCCCCUGCCAGCGAUACUGGGGACAGCGCUGGGGACUCCAAGGUCACGAGGGCCACAGGCCGAGUCAAGGACAUCUAAGGGCCAAGCACCCUCCAGCUGCCAGGAGUGCCAGAGCCGGGCUGAUGGGCGCUGACACGCCCACAUCAGAGCAGCCUAAGGGCCUGCAGCUUGUCAUAGGCCUUGCUGGCCCCCAUCUCCAUCCUGUCCUGGAGCCUGGCCUGCGCCCCACGGCCCUCCCCGGUACAUCCACUUCAGGGUGGAGAGGGCCCAGCCAGUGCCCAUUUCUUUCAGUGCCUUCUGGAGGACUGAGCAGCUAGAAUUGAUUUUGCAUUUGCAUUUGCAUUUCCCGGCAUUGCCGCAUCCCAGGUGACCCUGGCAAAGAUGAGAGUCCACAUUUCGUCCUGCCUAAAGGUCCAGGAGCAGAUGGCCAACUGCCCCAAGUUCGUCCCCGUGGUGCCCACAUCCCAGCCUAUCCCCAGCAACAUCCCCAACAGGUCCACCUUCGCCUGCCCGUACUGCGGCGCCCGCAACCUGGACCAGCAGGAGCUGGUGAAGCACUGUGUGGAAAGCCACCGCAGCGACCCCAACCGCGUGGUGUGCCCCAUCUGCUCAGCAAUGCCCUGGGGGGACCCCAGCUACAAGAGCGCCAACUUCCUGCAGCACCUGCUUCACCGACACAAGUUCUCCUAUGACACCUUUGUGGACUACAGCAUUGAUGAGGAGGCCGCCUUCCAGGCCGCCCUGGCCCUGUCUCUCUCAGAGAACUGAAGGGAAACGCAGCCACUCGCCUGCAUCUGGGGUCAGGGAUGUCCCCGCUUGAGGGUCAGGCCUGGGCUCCUGUGUCGCACCUGGCACCUGCUCGGGAGCACGCCCCACCGAACCAGGAAGAGCCUGCACCUGCACAGGAGAGGAGCUGGGGCCAAGCCUCCGGGCCUGAAGAUGGACCAGCCGCUGAGGCCGCCAGAGCAGGACCGCCUGGUCCCACCGGCGUCGCUGGGUUCUUCGGUGCUUCUGGCCGAGCAGGCGGCCUCCUUGGGCAGGGCUGGCCACUGGGACCUAGAGCCGCCGCUGUCUCUUCAAAGCCAUGAUGCCCUCUCGUGGGAAGAAGGGACCGGCGGUGCGCGAGCCAUGCUCUGCAGUCGAGCCAGGAGGAACCCAGGCUGCCGCCCUGCCCAGCCCGACCCCGCUUCCACCUUGCGCAUUCGGUACUGGCUUUUGUGAUACUUAGGAAUCCUGGCAUCUUUUCUAUAUGAUCCAGUGUGAUAAUCUUUUCACGUUUUAUAGAGCAAAGACACAGCAGUUACUCUUCAUAUUGCAAUAUCUGUGUUUGACUAGGAAUAAUAGUAUUUUUAUGGAACAUUUACAAAAUUAUAUUUUUUAAAAACACAAUCAAGACAAGUAUUGGGGGAUUGGGGCAAGCAGGGAAGGAGCAGUGGGGCAGCUGCCAGAGCUCAGGCGAGCCGUGGCACCUGCCCUGGGCCACUCACUGUGUGUCUGGGUCCUUGAGGUUUGUGCGUUUCUCUUUGAUGACUAGGAAGAAAUCCCAGCACCCCGGCCACAGGCUGUGGCUGCUCCCAGCAGAGGCAGGGUCGGCAGAGCAGGGACCUCCUCCACCCAGAGUCCUGGCCUUGGCCCCCUGUCACCUUCAAAGCUGACUGUGCCCCGCUGCGGGAGGGGACGGCACCCAGCGGUGGCAGAGCUUGGCCUGGGCAGGGACCCGCUUGGCGGGCUGAGCAACGCGUCAACACUCUGUUCUGUUCUUGGCAUUAAUUAUUGCUGUCUUUUUUUAAAAAAAAGUUUAAAUAAAACGUCUCAGAGCAUCU